AUGCCGAACUCGCGGCGGGGUUGGGGGGAGGACGAACAGGAAAGAUGUUACCGGAACCUGGCGGAGAAACAGAGCCGUGGGAAGACGGGCCUGGGCUUUUGCGGUAGCAGCAGCAUUAGCAGCAGCAGCAGCAGCAGCAGCAGCAGCAGCAGCAAAGAUGCGCUGUCGUCUAUGUUUGUUAAGAGCGUCCAGAGCGCUUGCGUAGGCGGUCAGAAACUGCAUAGCAGCAGCAGCAGCAGCGGACGCCGCUACCGCCGGCGCAGCAGCAGCAGCAGCAGCAGGAGCAGCAGCAGGAGCCGCAGCAGCAGCAGACGCCGCAGCAGCAGCAGACGCCGCAGUAGCAAAAGCAGUAGGUACAUCAGCAGCAGCGGCAGCAGCGGCAGCAGCAGCAGUAGCAGCAGUAGCACGAGCCGACCCUAUCAGCGCAGCAGAGCCCGUAGCCGCAGUAGCAGCAGAGAAAAACACAGAAGCAGCAGCAGCAGUAGCAGCAGCAGCAGCAGCAGCAACAGAGAAAAGAAAAGCAGCAGCGGCAGCAGCAGCAGCAGGAAUCGCGCGCGUAGCAGGAGCAGGAGCCCAAGAAGAUUCACCAGCAGCAGCAGCAGCAAAAGCAGCAGCAGCGUAAUGGACGCCAGUGAUGCUGCUGCUGCUUUGAAGGCAAAAGUUUCCCGGCACCUGCAAGAGCAAAAGGAGAAGAGUGGUGGAAAUUCGAGGCGACCGCUGACGGCUGAGGAGGGGCGUCUACAGAAGUUGAAGACAGUCAUCGAUGAAGAAGCGGAGAGGGCGGGCAAAGCCAAAGCCACCUGGAGAGACGACUUUGCUGCUGCUGCAGAGGGCAGCCUGCGAGCAGCAGCAAUUGCCUCAGUUGAAGACGACAGCGAAUUUUCACUCGCAGAUUUUAUUGACAGACACCGCCACGCUAAAAAGACGGCUGUAGCUGCGGGGGAGGAGGCGAGUCAUCUGGACGCAAUAUUUGGGAGCGGCCCUGUGGAGCACAAGACAGUGCUGGAGGAGCGGCAGCUGUCUCCUCCCAGGUUGCGGCUCAGCAGCCGCAGCAGCAGCAGACGGCGCAGCAGCAGCAGAAGCAGAAGCAGAAGCAGCAGCAAUAGCCGAAAGACGAGCAGCAAGCAGCAACGGGGCCACAGCAGCAACAAGAGCAGCAGCAACGAACAGCAGCAAAACCAACAAAGCCCCAAGGACUCCACACAGCGAGAAGGGAAGAACCCCCGAGCAGCAGCAGCAGCAGCAGCAGCAGCAGCAGCAGCAGCACCAACAGCAGUUGGGGCGGGAGGCGGGCUGCAGGUGAUGCUGCUGUCAGCAGAAGCAAUGCUGUCGGAGGCGCAGCAGCAGCCGCCGCAAGCUGCAGCGGCAGCCUCCUCCAAUUUGCCUAAGUGGAAGCUCAAGUUGCUGCAGCGACAGCAGCAGUAA